ACAGCGAGACAGUUUCCGGUGCUGUCUUCUCCUGCGGUGCGUUAGCUUGACUCCGCUCAGCUUCAGCUGCAAUCCUGACUGAUGAGUGCGGUCCUGUGGACACGGCUGCCUCCCUCGUUAAAGCACAAUUCCCUGGUUUUAUUUCGCGUUUUCACGCAGUAUUCUCCGCAGAGGUGAAGCGUCACGCGUGACACGAUGUCUGUGGCCGGCCUGAAGAAACAGUUUCACAAAGCCAGUCAGCUCCUCAGUGAGAAGAUCAGUGGAGCAGAGGGAACCAAGCUAGAUGAAGACUUCAUGGAGAUGGAGAGGAAAAUUGAGGUGACCAACAAGUCGGUGUUCGACCUCUUGUCUAAAACCACAGAGUACCUUCAGCCUAACCCAGCCUCUCGAGCCAAACUAAACAUGCUGAACACGGUGUCUAAGAUCCGAGGGCAGGUGAAGACCACCGGCUACCCUCAGACUGAAGGCCUGCUGGGAGACUGUAUGCUACGUUGCGGUCAUGAACUGGGAGAGGACUCCGUCUUUGGUUGUGCUCUGGUGGAUGUCGGCGAGGCCAUGAGACAGAUGGCGGAUGUAAAGGACUCGCUGGACAUAAACGUCAAACAAAACUUCAUUGACCCGCUGCAGAAUCUACAGGACAAGGACCUUAAAGAGAUCACGCACCACCUAAAGAAGCUGGAGGGCCGACGGUUAGACUUUGACUAUAAGAAGAAGCGCCGGGGGAAAAUUCCAGACGAGGAGAUCCGGCAAGCUGUGGAGAAGUUUGAGGAGAGCAAAGAGCUGGCAGAGAGGAGCAUGUUCAACUUCCUGGAGAAUGAUGUGGAGCAGGUGAGCCAGCUUUCAACGCUGGUCAAGGCGGCUCUGGAGUAUCACCGGCAGUCGAGUGAAAUCCUGGAGGAGCUGAGCGCGAAGCUGCAGAGAAGUAUAUCCACAGCCAGCAGCCGACCCAAGAGAGAGUUCAAACCAAAGUCGAUCCGGAGCAGCAUCGAAACUCUGGAUAACAGUCAGCACAACGGCCUGUCCUACAGCUCCUCGCUCAAAUCCACUGGUACAGAUCAUAUCCAUAACAACCACACAGUCAAUGGCAACACUGAUCAUAUAACCACUGUCCCACUGUCAUGGCCUGAGAGCCCCGCAACCAAUGGCAACUUUCACCAGACUGAGGUUCUGGACCAGCCGUGCUGUCGGGCCCUUUACGACUUUGAGCCAGAGAACGAAGGCGAGCUGGGCUUCAAAGAGCGAGACAUCAUCAUCCUCACCAACCAGAUAGACGAGAACUGGUACGAGGGCAUGAUCAGCGGCGAGUCCGGCUUCUUCCCCAUCAACUACGUCGAGGUCAUCGUCCCGCUGCCUCAGUGAAGUCGCACACCGACUCCCUCCUGCCUCGUUACACUCAGCCUCGGUCCUCAGCUCUACUCUGGCCCACAAAACAAAAAUACACAGAGCCAGAUCAGCCU